UGUAACAUUAUUCUAACCGGGGAUAUAGUAAUUAAAGAUGGUUACUCUACAAGUACCCGCAGAGUAUGGCUACUGUGUUCUUGUGGCAGUUUUCUCCAUAUUUGUAUUAAUAUGGAAGGGCAUGAAGGUCGGAGGUGCCCGCAAGAAGUACAAGGUUUCCUACCCUACAAUGUACAGCAAAGAUAACGAUGUCUUUAACUGUUACCAGCGUGCCCACCAGAACACGCUAGAGAACUACCCGCAGUUCCUUGUUCUUCUCUUUUUCGGAGGUUUAUAUAAUCCCAUUGUGAGUGCUGUUGGUGGCGCUAUAUGGUGUGUAGCACGCAUCGUGUAUGCCCUGGGAUAUUACACUGGAGACCCCAAGAAGCGCAUGGGUGGUGCAUUUGGUUACCUCGGUCUGAUAGCCAUGCUUUACUGCACUGUCCGUUUUGCUACUGGGCUCCUUGGCUGGUUUUAAGUUUCCUUCAGGUUAUUAAAAGCUUGUUUCACUACCAAGACUACUUUUUUGUUGCGACUAUAUCUCCCCAGAUGUUGAAAGGUUUUGCUGUGUUUAGCAUUUCUGUUGCACAAAGUAAGAUUUAAUACAUUCUUGAUGUAAUGUAAUUGUUAAUGUUUAAUAAACUGUUUGUUUGUUUUU